AUGUCGAGCGAAUCGAUGGCAUAUGAUCCGAAUGAUCAGGAGUUGCAAGAAUCAUUGAAAUAUUUGGUUCUUCCAACGCCAGAAAAAUUAAAACUUCGAUCUCAACCAUUUGAUGCAAAAAAAGCUUGUUGGAUUCCUGAUGCAAAAGAAGUUUAUGUUGCUGGUGAAAUCGUUGAGGUCAAAGGUGAACAAACAGUAGUGCAAACUGGUAAAGGAGAAAAAGUAACCUUAAAAACAGAGCUCAUUCAACAAAUGAAUCCUCCGAAGUAUUCAUGUUAUGAUGACAUGGCUGAUUUAACAUAUUUAAAUGAUGCUUCGGUAUUUGCUAACUUACGCGAACGUUAUGCAAGAUGGCUCAUCUAUACAUAUUCGGGUCUGUUUUGUGUUGUCAUCAAUCCGUUCAAACGUCUUCCGAUCUAUACGAUGAAAGUUGUACUCAUGUAUCGUGGCAAGAAACGUACUGAAGUGGCUCCACAUCUUUAUGCCAUAUCUGAUAAUGCCUAUUCAAAUAUGCUUCGUGAUCGUGAGAAUCAAUCGAUGUUGAUUACUGGUGAAUCUGGUGCUGGAAAGACAGAAAAUACCAAGAAGGUCAUUCAAUAUUUUGCUUUAGUUGCUGCUGCUGGUACUAAGAAAGAAGAAAGUGCAGGGGGUAAAUUUAUUCGAAUUCAUUUUGGUCCAACGGGCAAGAUCGCUGGUGCUGAUAUCGAGGUCUAUCUACUGGAAAAAUCUCGUGUUAUCUUUCAGCAAGCAGCUGAACGAAACUAUCAUAUAUUUUAUCAAAUGUGUUCAAGUGCUUUUCCCGAAAUGCAAAAGGAAUGUUUGAUUUCAACCGAUCCAUCAAAAUACUUCUAUGUCGCUCAAGGAAUGUUGACGAUUGAUGGUAUCGAUGAUACCGAAGAAAUGAAAGCGACCGAUGAAGCUAUGGACGUUCUCGGAUUUACACCGGAAGAGAAGAUCAAUUUAUACAAAUGUACAGCAGCUAUUAUGCACUGGGGUAAUUCACAAUGGAAACAACGACCCCGUGAAGAACAAGCUGAGGCUGACGGAACUGAAGAUAUUGAAAAAGUAGCUCAUCUUCUUGGUGUUGAUGCAGCCGAUCUCAUCAAAGGCUUACUCAAACCACGUAUCAAGGUCGGUAACGAGUUUGUGAACAAAGGUCAAAGUAAAGAUCAAGUAAUCAAUUCGAUUGGUGCUCUAUCAAAGUCGAUCUAUUUUCGCAUGUUCUGUUGGUUAGUUGAACGUGCUAAUCAGACGCUUGAUGUAAAAACGAAACGACAAUAUUUUAUUGGUGUUCUCGAUAUUGCCGGCUUCGAAAUUUUCGAAUUCAAUGGUUUCGAACAAUUGUGUAUUAAUUACACAAAUGAACGUCUUCAACAAUUCUUCAAUCAUCAUAUGUUCGUAUUAGAACAAGAAGAAUAUAAAAAAGAAGCCAUUGAUUGGGUGUUUGUUGAUUUUGGUAUGGAUUUACAAGCUUGCCUUGAUCUUAUUGAGAAGCCUAUGGGGAUUCUCUCAAUUUUGGAAGAAGAAUGUAUUGUUCCAAAAGCAACAGACAAGACAUUUGUUGAAAAACUAUACAACAAUCAUUUAGGCAAACAUUCUCAAUUUGGCAAACCGAAGCCGGCCAAAGGCAAAGCUGAUGCUCAUUUUGAUAUUCAUCAUUAUGCAGGCACUGUUUCUUAUACAGCUACAUCAUGGCUUGAAAAGAAUAAAGAUCCCAUUAACAAUACAGUUGCUGGUCUCUUUUCUAAAUCAAAGAAUAUUAUGCUCAAACAUCUCUUUGCUGAUGUUAUUGAAGAAGAAAAUGCUGCCAAAGGUGGUGGUGGUGGUAAAAAGAAGGGAGGAGGUAGUAUGCAAACCAUCUCGUCUGUUCAUCGAGAACAAUUAAAUAAAUUGAUGACCAAUUUACAAUCUACUCAUCCGCAUUUUGUUCGUUGUAUUAUUCCGAAUGAAAUAAAGACUGGUGGUGUUCUCGAUGCUCAUUUAGUCAUGCAUCAAUUAACAUGUAAUGGUGUAUUGGAAGGUAUUCGAAUUUGUCGUAAAGGCUUUCCUAAUCGUAUGAUCUAUGCUGAAUUUAAACAACGUUAUUCAAUUUUGGCUCCUAAUGCUAUACCCAAAGGUUUUACUGAUGCAAAAAAAUCUACUGAAAAUAUUCUCAAAGAUUGUGCAUUAAGCCCCGAAUUAUAUCGAUGUGGUAUAACGAAAGUUUUCUUCAAAGCUGGAACACUUGGUCAAUUAGAAGAUUUACGUGAUCAAGCUUUAUCGAAAAUCAUUUCUUCAUUACAAGCUCAAGUUCGUGGUUAUAUUAUGAAGAAAGAAUAUAAAAAUAUGUUAGCACAACGUUUAGCGUUGGCUGUUGUACAACGUAAUUGUCGUAAAUAUUUAUCAUUACGUAAUUGGGCAUGGUGGAAACUUUAUACGAAAGUUAAACCAUUGCUUUCAGUUGCUCGACAAGAAGAUGAAAUGAAGAAGAUUGAAGAAGAAUAUAAAGCACUUAAAGAAGCAUUAGAAAAAGAAGAAAAAUUAAGAAAAGAAGUUGAAGAUAAUAAUGCAAAAUUAAUUCGAGAAAAAAAUGAUUUAAAUCAAAAACUUGAAUCUGCACAAUCGGGUUCAUCAGACACUCAAGAAAAAUAUACACGAUUAGUCGUACAAAAAGCUGAUCUUGAACAGCAAAUCAAAGAUUUAGAAGAACGUUUUAAUCAAGAAGAACAAAGUUCACAAGAUUUGAAUAACAAAAAGAAAAAAUUAGAGAAUGAAAUUGAUGGUUUAAAGAAAGAUAUUGAUGAUAUACGUUUAAGUUUACAAAAAUCACAAAAUGAAUGUAAAACACGUGAUAAUCAAAUUCAUACAUUACAAGAUGAAGUUGCACGUCAAGAUGAAGCAAUUUCUAAAGCAACACGUGAACGUAAACGUCUUGAAGAACAAAAUUCAAAGACAACUGAACAAUUACAAGCUGAAGAAGACAAAGUUAAUCAUUUAAAUAAAUUAAAAACAAAACUUGAACAAACAUUAGAUGAAUUAGAAGGUAGUUUAGAACGUGAGAAAAAAGCACGAACUGAUUUAGAUAAAUCAAAACGAAAAUUAGAAGCAGAUUUAAAAUCUGUACAAGCAAAUCUUGAAGAUAUUGAAAGAUCAAAACGUGAAUUAGAAGAAACUCUUAAACGUAAAGAACAAGAAAUGCAACAAAUGAGUGGACGUCUUGAAGAUGAACAAGGACAAGCAACAAAUCUUGGAAAGAAAAUCAAAGAAUCACAAGCACGUAUUCAAGAAUUAGAAGAAGAAUUAGAAAGUGAACGACAAGCAAAAACAAAAACAGAAAAACAACGAGCUGAUUUAGCACGUGAAAUUGAUGAAAUGAAGGAUAAAUUAGAAGAAGCUGGUGGUGCAACAUCAUCACAAGUUGAAAUGAAUAAAAAACGUGAAACUGAAUUAGCUAAACUUCGUCGUGAUUUAGAAGAAGCUAAUCUUCAACAUGAAGCUACAGCUGCACAACUUCGUAAGAAACAUCAAGAUGCUGUUACUGAAAUGGGUGAACAAAUUGAUCAAUUACAAAAAUUAAAAAUCAAAUUAGAAAAAGAUAAACAAACAGUUAAAUCUGAAAUAGAUAAUUUACGUUCACAAAUUGAACAUAUACAAAAAGGUAAAACAACAGCUGAAAAACUUUCGAAACAACUUGAACAACAAUUAAAUGAUAUACAAAUUAAACUUGAAGAACAUGUUAAACAAAUAACUGAUUUAACUCAUCAGAAAACAAAAUUAACAAGUGAAAAUUCAGAAUUAACUAGACAAAUUGAAGAUCUUCAACAUCAACUUAAUGCUGUAACUAAAGCUAAAACAUCAUUACAACAACAACUUGAUGAAGCUAAACGAACAAUUGAUGAUGAAGUACGUGGCAAAGGAUCAGUUGGUACACAAAUUCGUAAUUUAACAGCUGAUCUUGAGCAAGCACGCGAACAACUUGAAGAAGAACAAGAAGUUAAGAGUGAACUUCAGAAACAAGUUAGUAAACUCACUGCUGACUUACAACAAUGGAAAGCUCGUUUUCAAUCUGAAGGUUGUUCAUCACGUGGUGAAGAACUUGAAGAAGCUAAACGAAGAUUAGCAACGAAAUUAACUGAAGCUGAAGAACAAGUUGAUGCAGCAUUGAAUAAAUGUAAUGCAUUAGAAAAAGUUAAAUCUCGUCUUCAAGGUGAAGUUGAAGAUCUUAUGGUCGAAGUUGAACGUGCUAAUGCUAAUGCUUCAGCUAUGGAUAAAAAACAAAAACAAUUUGAUAAAUUAAUUAAUGAAUGGAAACAAAAAUGUGAAGAUAUAAAUGUUGAACUUGAAACAUCACAAAAAGAAGCACGAAAUUUUUCAACAGAAUUAUUUAAACUUAAACAAACACAUGAAGAAUCAUAUGAACAAAUUGCUUCACUUAAAAAAGAAAAUAAGAAUUUAGCUGAUGAAAUAAAAGACCUUAUUGAACAAUUAGGUGAAGGUGGAAAGAAUGUUCAUGAAUUAGACAAAGCUCGUAAACAUGCUGAAUUAGAAAAAGAAGAAUUACAAACUGCAUUAGAAGAUGCUGAAGCAGCACUUGAACGAGAAGAAGCUAAAGUUGUUCAGGCUCAAAUGGAAUUAAGUUCUAUUCGACUAGAAAUUGAUCGACGACUUCGUGAGAAAGAAGAAGAAUUUGAAAAUACAAGACGUAAUCAUCAACGUGCACUUGAAUCUAUGCAAGCAAGUGUCGAUGCUGAAGGACGAGCCAAAGCUGAAACACUUAAACAAAAAAAGAAACUUGAAUCCGAUAUCAAUGAACUUGAAGUUGCACUUGAUCAUUCUAAUCGCACCAAUGCUGAUUUACAAAAAUCAUUAAAACGUAUACAACAAAAUACGGCAGAAAUGCAAGUACUAGCUGAAGGAGAACAACGACAACGUGAUGAAACUCGAGAAAUAGCAUUAACAGCUGAACGUCGUUUUAAUGUUUUAAAUUGUGAAAUCGAAGAAUUACGUACAGCUUUAGAACAAGCUGAACGUGCACGUAAAGCAGCUGAAACUGAAUUACAUGAUGCAGCUGAUCGUAUUAGUGAUGUUAGUACAGAAAAUGCUAAUUUAUCUUCACAACGACGACAACUUGAAUCAACAAUUGCUUCUAUGCAAGCUGAUUUAGAUGAAGCUGUUAAUGAACUUAGGAAUAGUGAAGAACGUGCUAAGAAAGCUGGUAGUGAUGCUUCACGUCUUGUUGAAGAAUUACGUCAAGAACAAGAACAUGCUGCACAAGUUGAACGAUUACGUAAAGGUUUUGAACAACAAAUUAGAGAUCUUCAAGCACGUCUUAAUGAAGCAGAAGGAAAUUCACUUAAAGGUGGAAAACGUGUUAUUAGUAAACUUGAACAACGCAUUCAUGAAUUAGAAAGUGAAAAUGAAUUAGAACAACAUCGUCAUCAGGAAACAUUGAAAGAAUUACGUAAAAAUGAUCGUCGUUUGAAAGAACUUGUAGCUCAAACAGAAGAAGAUCGUAAAACUCAAUUAAGUUUACAAGAUGCUACUGAAAAAUUACAAUCAAAGAUUAAAGUAUACAGACGUCAAGUUGAAGAAGCUGAGGAAAUUGCUGCCAAUAAUUUAGCUAAAUUUCGUAAAGCUCAAACUGAUCUUGAAGAAUCAGCUGAACGUGCUGAUUUAGCUGAAAGUCAAAUGAGUAAAUUACGUACUAAAAAUCGAUCAUCAAUUAGUGGAAGUCGUUCGUCAGAAGCUCGCGAUACUCGAGAAAGUACAACAGCUCGAGGAAGUUCAAAUAUACGUGCUGGUUCAGUUCGUCCACGUUAA